AAAUCUAAAACCCUUUCUCCGCCAUUACAAUCACACAUUGAAACCUCUCCUUCUUCUACUACUCACUCCCUGAGGCAAAAAGCAUGAAACUUUACAAAACCCUUUUCCUCCGCCUCGUCGCUCACCACCCGCCGCGGACGCAUCGGCCGAUCUCCGCCUCUCUCGUCUCGCGUUUCUCCUCUUCCACCUCCUCCUCUCAGCUCACUUCUCCAAAGCGUCCUCACCGCCACGAGGAAGAGCCGUCUCGCGGAGUCAAAGUCUCUGUAUGGUGGGACUUCGAGAACUGCCAUCUCCCCAGCGGCGCUAACGUCUACAAAGUGGCUCAGUCCAUCACAUCCGCCGUGAGAAUCAACGGCAUCAAAGGACCCAUCACCAUCACCGCCUUCGGAGACGUGUUGCAGCUCUCCAGAACCAAUCAAGAAGCUCUCUCCUCCACCGGAAUCAACCUCACUCAUGUCCCCCAAGAUGGGAAGAACAGUACGGAUAGGUCUCUGAUCACGGAUCUAAUGUGCUGGGUUGCUCACAACCCACCUCCUGCUCACCUCUUCCUUAUCUCCAGCGACAGAGACUUCUCCGGCGUCUUGCACAAACUCAGGAUGAGCAACUACAACGUCCUCCUCGCCGGCUACGAAGAAAGAUCGCCCGGUGUGCUGUGCAGCGCUGCUUCCAUCAUGUGGGACUGGAGUGCUUUGGUCAGAGGGAAGAACUUAGCUGGUAAAUGCUUUAACCAGCCGCCUGAUGGUCCUUAUAACUCUUGGUAUGGUCACUAUAAAGCUCCUCUUCUUGACCCGUUCGCCGUAUCGUCCACCAAGCAAGAGGCUUGUGGUAGUACUAGUGUUGUGAGGGUAGAGGAGUUGCGGGAGGAGGAAGGUAAUCCUGUACCGGAAGAAGUUGUUAAGGAGAUUGGUUUGGUGUUGGGUUUGUAUCCUAAGGGAGUGUCUAUUACGGAGCUGCGUGAGCAGCUGAAGAAGAGAGAUGUGCCGUUGGGUGAAGACUUUUAUGGACAUAUGAAGUUUUCGAGGUUUCUCUUGUCUAUGCCGGAGAUCUUACAGGUUGUUCCAAAGAGUGAAGGUGUGUUUCUUAUUCAUGCUUGUAAGCAAGGAGCAGAUAACAACAAAGUUGUAAGUGUGGAAGAGAAGUCUCAGAAGGUGAAACAGAGUGUUGAAGAUGUCAAAAUGGAAUCUGAUUCACAAGAGAGUAAUCAAGAUUCUGCUAAAGAUGAACCAGUGAAAGACAAAGUGGUGGAUGAUAAGGACUUAGAAUCUCAAAUUGCAUUUUCCACCUCUGGUGAAUCUGCUAAGGAGGUGAGAGCAGACACUGAAGCAUGCAAUGAGAAACCUGAGUGUCAAGGGCUUUUAAGUCGUCUUCUGGAGAGAUUCAACUUGUUCUGUGGAAGAACUAAAGAGCUUAGCAAUGCACCAGCAGCUGGAGAGCUAAUAGAUGACCUUUUUGCGCAAGAUUCUUUCUGGAAAGAUGUUGAAUCUUUCAUCAACUCUCCAAGAGGCUUCGUCGUUGUCUCUCACUCACCAUCAAGGGAAGCGUUGGCUAAGAACCUUAAGGAGGAAGGACAUUCAUCACUCAAACAGCUGGAUCCAUCCAAAACGCUUGAUUUGGUAUCUCUGUUGAUAUCAGAUAAGAAAUGGAUCAAGGAGAAUCCUUCCGAAGCUCUACCUUUCAGAGUAACUCGGUUCACCAAUCCUCAAGCCUCUAGUGCGUUGAGAUCGAUGUUUGUGGACAUGUCGAAAUCGCUAGCAGAGUCCAAGAACAAUGGUGUGAGCCUGAGCACAGAGAAACCGUUGGAGGAGAGAACAAGAAGCGAGGUGAUCGCUGAUUGUCAUAAGCUGAUCAAGAAGAUAACAGAGGAGAACCCUGGAGGCUAUAACAUGAGCAACUUCAAGAAAGACUUCUUGGAUGAGUUCGGUUACCGUUUGGAUUAUCAGAGCCUCGGUUAUCCGAAGCUGCAUUGUUUGAUACAGAUGAUGCCUGAGGCGAGGGUUGAAUCAGGUUACAUUGUUCCUUCAUCAACACUGGCUCCAUAUGCAUCUGACUCAUCAGUCAAAGAAGAAGUUGGUUCAGUUUCUAACAAAAAGACUCAUGAGUCUGAGCCAUCUGCUGAGGAUGAUGUGAAGAAGAAGGAGGAAGGAGAUAAAACAGAGAGGGAUGUACUUAGAAUUUUAGGGUGUUGGGACAGUGUUGAAGAUGAUGAGAAGAGUUGUGGGUUUGGUAAAGAUAAGCUUGUUGAUGGAAUAUUGACAAGCUUGAGGGAGAAACCAUCUGGUGGUGAGUCUAGAGUUCUAUAAAUGUAACUUGUUUGUUAUAUUCUAUUCUAUUGAGACAGUUUCAUGCACUAUGUCUCUCCAUUGAUUAUG